GAGAACACCAGCUACCUGGUAGAGAUGGUGUUCAGUUCUCUACGCUGUGAAAGUCCACAGGAGACCACACGCAUCCUCAAACCAUAUCACCGUGGUAACGUCAACCUUAACUAUCAUCGCUGUAACUCGUCAACUCUGGACCUUUUGUCAACUCCCUAACUCUUGUCAACUCUUAACUGUCAACUCCCUAACUUUAGCUCUGAUUCUCAAUAGUAUGCUGGUAGAAAUGUUCUAAAUUUUAUUCCUCGCUCUCUCACCUACAGAUGGAUCUAAAUGGGAAGUCCUUCUCCAGAUCAUACAAAAGGCGUGUGCGGACCCUGCAUCUCUGCAGGUGUGGUGGUGAUUGGUUUAAGGGCUCGGUGGCUUGGUGAGCGGACUGCUGGGGUUGGCUGAGGAGCUGUGUGAGGCGGGACUAAAAGGCCUCCGGCUCCACCCCUAAUAGGGGACAGCUGGGCUUUGAUCAGCCUAGCGCUGUCUCAGCAUCACAAUAAUGGUGAGAGAACACACACACACACCUUGAUCAGCCUAGCACUGUCUCAGCAUCACAAUAAUGGUGAGAGAACACACACACACCUUGAUUAGCCUAGCGCUGUCUCAGCAUCACAAUAAUGGUGAACACACACACACACCUUGAUUAGCCUAGCACUGUCUCAGCAUCACAAUAAUGGUGAACACACACACACACCUUGAUCAGCCUAGCGCUGUCUCAGCAUCACAAUAAUGGUGAACACACACUAGAGAUGUGCACGUUUAUUCGAAUAUCCAAAUGGACAUUAGUAUUCGAAUACUGAGUAUUUUGUGUAAGUAUUUAUUUCUGCGAGGGGGGGAAAAUUUUUUUUUAUAGGCCUAUUUUAACACUGAAAAGGCUUUGUCUAAAAUGUAGCUGCGAGCAGCAAUGAACGGGGUUCAGGCGAUGACUGAAAGGACAAGAUCAGUUGGAUGACAAAGCAAGCACUCUUCAUGUAGGAACCAUCUUCCUGUAUGUGCAAGUCCAGUGAAAACAUGACCAUGUUUAUCUUUCAAUAUCACAAAGAUAACGCAAGUGAAGCUUGGUCUAGUUUUGUUUCGUUCCACUGUUCCGACCAGCAAAAUAAAGUUCUGAACCGGUUCAAACCCCCCCCCCAAAUACCGGUUUAUAUAGUUCCUUUCUGUUCCUUUUUUAACCUGUGAAAUCAACUGUUAAAAAAAAAAAAAAAAACAUUAGCUCAUUCAUUACUUAACCAAUCAGCGCGGAUAGAGCAGGCAAGGUAGUUGUUUACAUGCGUGAUGGACAGACAAGUGUAGCCCAUGGCGCGAGAUGCGACCAACACAACGAGAGAGUGUUGAGGAGGAGGCUUGAAGCGAUGGGCGUUAUGACAUGCAUUAUAUGAAUUAGGUCCACAGAUUUUACACCUAGGAGGAGUUGGCUUUUAUGGAGGACUUUUUGUAUGUCCUUUGAGCUAGCUAACAACCUUGAGCUAGCUAGCUAACGAGUUGUGUGUGCAGAGCGGCACCAGAGUUAAAACACUCUUAGCUUUUUGUAGUUAAUAAAUCCAACGUGAAACGAUGAUAACCAGGCCUAUAGUACCCUUUAAAACUACCAUUUGAAAAAGUGACCCCAUUCUUCUCUAGCAAUAAAAACAACUCUCUCCCUAUAUUCUGAAUCAAGCGUCGAUGUAAUGGUCAGUAGCCUAUGCUUCGGAGGGGGAGGGGCAGGUCGUCUAAACAUGCACUGGCAACGAUUUUCAGCUUGCAGGCAGACACCGGAAUACGUUUCUGAGUGACGGAGUGAGGGCUUUGUAUAGGCGCGUUGUGAGACAUCGUAGCGGUGUAUCGUAGCAGACUUUUGAAUGCAGCAACGGAUCAUUCUUAAAUGAAUUAUAGGCUAAUUCAUUGAGUCUAUAUACCAAAUCUGGACUCAAUCUGAUUUAUGGUUCAUGAAUAGUAUAAGAAUAUUCAUAAAGUAUUUUUUAGCAUUAGCAAAUAUGCUAACGAGCAUCUAUAUGUAUAGUGCGGCCAUAUUUGAAUGCAGCAACAAUUUUUUUAUCUCGAAACAAUUAAAGACUGAUGUAAAAAUACAAAAUCUGGAGUGAAUCUGACGUAUGGUUCAUGAGGAGAAGAUGAUUUCAGAUGAUUUUGAGCAUUAGCGUUACAUUGUUUAAUAGUUUGCUUGUUUUUUUGAUAUAGCAACAUAUACCAAAUUCAGUGUGGUUCAUCUUAGGGACGUCCAUGAUAGCGAUUUAAGUGCCUUGCUCAAGGGCACAUCGACAGAUUUUUCACCUAGUCGGCUCGGGGAUUAGAACCAGCGACCUUUCGGUUACUGGCACAACGCUCUUAACCACUAAGCUACCUGCCGCCCUGAUCAUAGCAAUGAAUGAAUUAAUGACAGAUCUCUCGCAUGUCAUCAUCACAAACCUGACGUUUUUUUAACGGGACGGUGUACAAUUUUCAAUGGAAUGCAUCUCAAUAUGAAAAUAGUGCUUUUACACAAUGUAGAAACCUAAUACUCCACAUAUGACUUUGUAAUUUCAACGACAGGAAUUCAUAUCAACAUCUGAUCUUUUAUAAUAAACUAAUGUCUUAGUGUUACAUAUCAGUUUCUAGGUGCACAACAUGUGCUUCAAAAGUAGCUAGAAUUCACAUAGGCCCAAUAUAGCUGUAUCUCAAUCAAUAAAAAUCUAUCGUAUUUUCUGCUGCUCCUAAAUUUCAUGUGGCGCUCCUAACUUUUUAAUGUUAGGAGCACCAGUGCUACCAAUGAAAAAUGAUAAUUUAUAGCCCUGUAUAUGUAUAUAUAUAUUUUUUUUUUUACAUUGUAUUGCCUUAGGCGGCCCGGAAAAACAUUUGGGUGGCUCCUUGAAUUUCCUAUGCUGGGAAAAAAUCCCCACUCUCUAUUUCUCCCCAGAGCCCCUGAUAGGAGCUGUGUUCGUGGAGAAGAUGAUCGCCAAACUCCAUGCCACGCUGUCAGCGGCUAAAGGUCUGUAUGUUGGGCCCGGGAGCAAGGCACUUAUCUCAUCCCCAAUACAUUCUCUUCAUCCACAUUCUCUGUGGUCCUCUGUAGCUCAGCUGGUAGAGCACGGCGCUUGUAACGCCAAGGUAGUGGGUUUGAUCCCCGGGACCACCAAUACACAAAAAAAUGUAUGCACGCAUGACUGUAAGUCGCUUUGGAUAAAAGCGUCUGCUAAAUGGCAUAUUAUUUUAUUAUUUAUUUAUCCAGGAGUGCUGCGGCUGUGGUUUCACCCUGUGCUCCUCUCAACUGUGUAUGUGUACGUUAGGGGUGUAACGGUUCAUCAAACCCACGGUUCGGUUGGGUUGGGUUCUGUACAGUUCAGUAGAAUUAAAUGCCAUGCACAACGUUCAGCGUUCUCAUUGUUUCUGGCAUGGUCUGUUUGACCGGAUUGUUUUGUUAUGUUAUGUUCAAGUUUCCGCUCUGACGCUGUGUUUGCAACCAUGUGGGAGGUGGGAAUUUACCAGUUGUGAAGUCUUAAAUACCAGUUGGAUGCAUUCACGUGAUUUUUGAACUCGUUGAGAAAAGCCAGUUGGCUAAUGGUCAACAAGCUGCGUCAACCAUAAACUAAAAGUGAAGUUAUCACGCCUGUAAACAAAUGAUAGAAUUCAAAAACUACAUUUAAUAGAUUGCAUUUUAUAAAUAAAGUUUUGUUGUUGGAUUGAACUGCCGUAAAUGCUGGCGUAGAGGUCAUUUCCUUAGUAGGUGACGUCAGAGGUCACCAUGUGGAAGAAGUGGGUGCUCAGGAUGAUAGUCAGUUUCCCACUAGUAAUUACCGGUUGGAGGGCCGUUCAAGUGAAUUCUUCCCAGUCGUAUGUGGUAACGUCCCACUGCUUGAUUCAGUGCCUCUCAAGGGUCCGUGUCUGUAGCGCUCCGGGGUAAUGUGAUGGGCUUUUAAGCGCAACACAGGGUGCAUUGGGAAACAAGCGGGAUACUACAUGGCCAAAAGUAUGUGGACAACCCCUUCAAAUUAGUGUAUUCGGCUAUUUCAGCCACACAUGUUGCUGACAGGUGCAUAAAAUUGAGCACACAGCUAUGUUAUAGGAUGCCACCUUUCCAACAAGUCAGUUUGUCAAAUGUCUGCCCUGCUAGAGCUGCCCCAGUCAACUGUAAGUGCUGUUAUUGUGAAGUGGAAACGUCUAGGAGCAACAACGGCUCAGCCGCGAAGUGGUAGGCCACACAAGCUCACAGAACGGGACCGCUGAGUUCUGAAGUGCGUAAAAAGUGCGUCUGUCCUCGGUUGCAACACUCACUACCGAGUUCCAAACUGCCUCUGGAAGCAACGUCAGCACAAUAACCUUUCAUCGGGAGCUUCAUGAAAUGGGUUUCCAUGGCCGAGCAGCUGCACACAAGCCUAAGAUCACCAUGCGCAAUGCCAAGCGUCGGCUGGAGUGGUGUAAAGCUCUCCGCCAUUGGACUCUGGACCAGUGGAAACGCGUUCCUGGAUUGAUGAAUCACGCUUCACCAUCUGGCAGUCCAACGGACGAAUCUGGGUUUGGCGGAUGCCAAGAGAACGCUACCUGUCCAAAUGCAUAGUGCCAACUGUAAAGUUUGGUGGAGGAGGAUUAAUGGUAUGGUGCUGUUUUUCAUGGUUUGGGCUAGGCCCCUUAGUUCCAGUGAAGGGAAAUCUUAACGCUAAAGCAUACAAUGACAUUCUAGACGAUACUGUGCUUCCAACUUUGUGGCAACAGUUUGGGGAAGGCCCUUUCCUGUUUCAGCAUUACAAUGCCCCUGUGCACAAAGCGAGGUCCAUACAGAAAUGGUAUGUCUAGAUCGGUGUGGAAGAACUUGACUGGCCUCCACAGAGCCCUGACCUCAACCCCAUCGAACACCUUUGGGAUGAAUUGGAACGCCGACUGCGAGCCAGGCCUAAUCGCCCAACAUCAGUGCCCGACCUCACUAAUGCUCGUGGCUGAAUGGAAGCAAGUCCCCACAGCAAUGUUCCAACAUCUAGUGGAAAGCCUUCCCAGAAGAGUGGAGGCUGUUAUAGCAGCAAAGGGGGGGACCAACUCCAUAUUAAUGCCCAUGAUUGCGGAAUGAGAUGUUCGACGAGCACGUUUCCACAUACUUUUGGUCAUGUAGUGUAUUUCUGUUGUUUGUAGUAAUAUUGUAUAUCAACAUUAUUGUAGUAAUAUUGUAUAUCAACAUUAUUGUAGUAAUAUUGUAUAUCAACAUUAUUGUAGUAAUAUUGUAUAUCAACAUUAUUGUAGUAAUAUUGUAUAUCAACAUUAUUGUAGUAAUAUUCUAUAUCAACAUUAUUGUAGUAAUAUUGUAUAUCAACAUUAUUGUAGUAAUAUUGUAUUGUAUUGUAUUGCAGAUCUGUCUGAGAGGGGUAAUCUGGAGCCGCUGGUGUGUUUCAUCUGUGAUGUGGCCUCCACCUUCUUCACCUCCGUAACACACUGCCUCCUACUGGCCUCCGCGGAGGAGUUGCUGCUCACGGUCUUCACACUCACCGCACAGGACCAGACACUCACACACCUGUCAGGUAAGACUCACACCCCUGUCAGGUAAGGCUCACACCCCUGUCAGGUAAGACUCACACCCCUGUCAGGUAAGACUCACACCCCUGUCAGGUAAGACUCACACCCCUGUCAGGUAAGGCUCUCACCCCUGUCAGGUAAGGCUCACACCCCUGUCAGGUAAGACUCACACCCCUGUCAGGUAAGACUCACACCCCUGUCAGGUAAGGCUCACACACCUGUCAGGUAAGACUCACACCCCUGUCAGGUAAGACUCACACCCCUGUCAGGUAAGACUCACACCCCUGUCAGGUAAGACUCACACCCCUGUCAGGUAAGACUCACACACACACACACACACACACACACACACACACACACACACAGAGGACCAGACACAGUGUUUUCUAUUAGCGUCGGCUGUCGGGCUAAUCAGCCGGUUACCUUACUAAUUAUCAGCCAGCUACAUUUUCCACUUCAUAAAUGAACUAGGCUUCUUUUCAUUUAUACGUUUCAAUUCGCUAGUCAGAAAAGUCUGUAUAGCCCUUCUCCCGCAAGAAUGAACGAUACGCCUCUUCUAGUGAUAGGACAGCUGCCAGCGAACGAUACGCCUCUUCUAGCGAUAGGACAGCUGCCAGCAAACGCUACGCCUCUUCUAGCGAUAGGACAGCUGCCAGCGAACGAUACGCCUCUUCUAGUGAUAGGACAGCUGCCAGCGAACGAUACGCCUCUUCUAGUGAUAGGACAGCUGCCAGCGAACGAUACGCCUCUUCUAGUGAUAGGACAGCUGCCAGCGAACGAUACGCCUCUUCUAGUGAUAGGACAGCUGCCAGCGAACGAUACGCCUCUUCUAGUGAUAGGACAGCUGCCAGCGAACGAUACGCCUCUUCUAGUGAUAGGACAGCUGCCAGCGAACGAUACGCCUCUUCUAGUGAUAGGACAGCUGCCAGCGAACGAUACGCCUCUUCUAGUGAUAGGACAGCUGCCAGCGAACGAUACGCCUCUUCUAGCGAUAGGACAGCUGCCAGCGAAACGCUACGCCUCUUCUAGCGAUAGGACAGCUGCCAGCGAACGAUACGCCUCUUCUAGCGAUAGGACAGCUGCCAGCGAACGAUACGCCUCUCUAGUGAUAGGACAGCUGCCAGCGAACGAUACGCCUCUUCUAGUGAUAGGACAGCUGCCAGCGACGAUACGCCUCUUCUAGUGAUAGGACAGCUGCCAGCGAACGAUACAGCUCUUCUAGUGAUAGGACAGCUGCCAGCGAACGAUACGCCUCUUCUAGUGAUAGGACAGCUGCCAGCGAACGAUACGCCUCUUCUAGGAUAGGACAGCUGCCAGCGAACGAUACGCCUCUUCUAGCGAUAGGACAGCUGCAGCGAACGAUACGCCUCUUCUAGCGAUAGGACAGCUGCCAGCGAACGAUACGCCUCUUCUAGCGAUAGGACAGCUGCCAGCGAACGAACGCCUCUUCUAGUGAUAGGACAGCUGCCAGCGAACGAUACGCCUCUUCUAGUGAUAGGACAGCUGCCAGCGAACGAUACGCCUCUUCUAGUGAUAGGACAGCUGCCAGCGAACGAUACGCCUCUUCUAGUGAUAGGACAGUUGCCAGCGAACGAUACGCCUCUUCUAGUGAUAGGACAGCUGCCAGCGAACGAUACGCCUCUUCUAGUGAUAGGACAGCUGCCAGCGAACGAUACGCCUCUUUCUAGUGAUAGGACAGCUGCCAGCGAACGAUACGCCUCUUCUAGCGAUAGGACAGCUGCCAGCGAACGAUACGCCUCUUCUAGCGAUAGGACAGCUGCCAACGCCUCUUCUAGUGAUAGGACAGCUGCCAGCGAACGAUAUACCUCUUCUAGCGAUAGGACAGCUGCCAGCGAACGAUACGCCUCUUCUAGUGAUAGGACAGCUGCCAGCGAACGAUACGCCUCUUCUAGUGAUAGGACAGCUGCCAGCGAACGAUACGCCUCUUCUAGUGAUAGGACAGCUGCCAGCGAACGAUACGCCUCUUCUAGCGAUAGGACAGCUGCCAGCGAACGAUACGCCUCUUCUAGUGAUAGGACAGCUGCCAGCGAACGAUACGCCUCUUCUAGUGAUAGGACAGCUUGCCAGCGAACGAUACGCCUCUUCUAGCGAUAGGACAGCUGCCAGCGAACGAUACGCCUCUUCUAGCGAUAGGACAGCUGCCAGCGAACGAUACGCCUCUUCUAGUGAUAGGACAGCUGCCAGCGAACGAUACGCCUCUUCUAGUGAUAGGACAGCUGCCAGCGAACGAUACGCCUCUUCUAGCGAUAGGACAGCUGCCAGCGAACGAUACGCCUCUUCUAGCGAUAGGACAGCUGCCAGCGAACGAUACGCCUCUUCUAGCGAUAGGACAGCUGCCAGCGAACGAUACGCCUCUUCUAGUGAUAGGACAGCUGCCAGCGAACGAUACGCCUCUUCUAGUGAUAGGACAGCUGCCAGCGAACGAUACGCCCUCUUCUAGCGAUAGGACAGCUGCCAGCGAACGCUACGCCUCUUCUAGCGAUAGGACAGCUGCCAGCGAACGAUACGCCUCUUCUAGUGAUAGGACAGCUGCCAGCGAACGAUACGCCUCUUCUAGUGAUAGGACAGCUGCCAGCGAACGAUACGCCUCUUCUAGUGAUAGGACAGCUGCCAGCGAACGAUACGCCUCUUCUAGUGAUAGGACAGCUGCCAGCGAACGAUACGCCUCUUCUAGUGAUAGGACAGCUGCCAGCGAACGAUACGCCUCUUCUAGUGAUAGGACAGCUGCCAGCGAACGAUACGCCUCUUCUAGUGAUAGGACAGCUGCCAGCGAACGAUACGCCUCUUCUAGCGAUAGGACAGCUGCCAGCGAACGCUACGCCUCUUCUAGCGAUAGGACAGCUGCCAGCGAACGAUACGCCUCUUCUAGCGAUAGGACAGCUGCCAGCGAACGAUACGCCUCUUCUAGUGAUAGGACAGCUGCCAGCGAACGAUACGCCUCUUCUAGUGAUAGGACAGCUGCCAGCGAACGAUACGCCUCUUCUAGUGAUAGGACAGCUGCCAGCGAACGAUACGCCUCUUCUAGUGAUAGGACAGCUGCCAGCGAACGAUACGCCUCUUCUAGUGAUAGGACAGCUGCCAGCGAACGAUACGCCUCUUCUAGUGAUAGGACAGCUGCCAGCGAACGAUACGCCUCUUCUAGUGAUAGGACAGCUGCCAGCGAACGAUACGCCUCUUCUAGCGAUAGGACAGCUGCCAGCGAACGAUACGCCUCUUCUAGCGAUAGGACAGCUGCCAGCGAACGAUACGCCUCUUCUAGCGAUAGGACAGCUGCCAGCGAACGAUACGCCUCUUCUAGCGAUAGGACAGCUGCCAGCGAACGAUACGGCCUCUUCUAGUGAUAGGACAGCUGCCAGCGAACGAUACGCCUCUUCUAGUGAUAGGACAGCUGCCAGCGAACGAUACGCCUCUUCUAGUGAUAGGAGGGCCAGCGAACGAUACGCCUCUUCUAGUGAUAGGACAGUUGCCAGCGAACGAUACGCCUCUUCUAGUGAUAGGACAGCUGCCAGCGAACGAUACGCCUCUUCUAGUGAUAGGACAGCUGCCAGCGAACGAUACGCCUCUUCUAGUGAUAGGACAGCUGCCAGCGAACGAUACGCCUCUUCUAGCGAUAGGACAGCUGCCAGCGAACGAUACGCCUCUUCUAGCGAUAGGACAGCUUGCCAACGCCUCUUCUAGUGAUAGGACAGCUGCCAGCGAACGAUACACCUCUUCUAGCGAUAGGACAGCUGCCAGCGAACGAUACGCCUCUUCUAGUGAUAGGACAGCUGCCAGCGAACGAUACGCCUCUUCUAGUGAUAGGACAGCUGCCAGCGAACGAUACGCCUCUUCUAGUGAUAGGACAGCUGCCAGCGAACGAUACGCCUCUUCUAGCGAUAGGACAGCUGCCAGCGAACGAUACGCCUCUUCUAGUGAUAGGACAGCUGCCAGCGAACGAUACGCCUCUUCUAGUGAUAAGACAGCUGCCAGCGAACGAUACGCCUCUUCUAGCGAUAGGACAGCUGCCAGCGAACGAUACGCCUCUUCUAGCGAUAGGACAGCUGCCAGCGAACGAUACGCCUCUUCUAGUGAUAGGACAGCUGCCAGCGAACGAUACGCCUCUUCUAGUGAUAGGACAGCUGCCAGCGAACGAUACGCCUCUUCUAGCGAUAGGACAGCUGCCAGCGAACGAUACGCCUCUUCUAGCGAUAGGACAGCUGCCAGCGAACGAUACGCCUCUUCUAGCGAUAGGACAGCUGCCAGCGAACGAUACGCCUCUUCUAGUGAUAGGACAGCUGCCAGCGAACGAUACGCCUCUUCUAGUGAUAGGACAGCUGCCAGCGAACGAUACGCCUCUUCUAGUGAUAGGACAGCUGCCAGCGAACGAUACGCCUCUUCUAGCGAUAGGACAGCUGCCAGCGAACGAUACGCCUCUUCUAGCGAUAGGACAGCUGCCAGCGAACGAUACGCCUCUUCUAGUGAUAGGACAGCUGCCAGCGAACGAUACGCCUCUUCUAGUGAUAGGACAGCUGCCAGCGAACGAUACGCCUCUUCUAGUGAUAGGACAGCUGCCAGCGAACGAUACGCCUCUUCUAGUGAUAGGACAGCUGCCAGCGAACGAUACGCCUCUUGUAGUGAUAGGACAGCUGCCAGCGAACGAUACACCUCUUCUAGUGAUAGGACAGCUGCCAGCGAACGAUACGCCUCUUCUAGUGAUAGGACAGCUGCCAGCGAACGAUACGCCUCUUCUAGUGAUAGGACAGCUGCCAGCGAACGAUACGCCUCUUCUAGUGAUAGGACAGCUGCCAGCGAACGAUACGCCUCUUCUAGCGAUAGGACAGCUGCCAGCGAACGAUACGCCUCUUCUAGCGAUAGGACAGCUGCCAGCGAACGAUACGCCUCUUCUAGCGAUAGGACAGCUGCCAGCGAACGAUACGCCUCUUCUAGUGAUAGGACAGCUGCCAGCGAACGAUACGCCUCUUCUAGUGAUAGGACAGCUGCCAGCGAUGACAGGGGACACUCACUCUGCUGUCUGACCCGUCUCCUGGUACAAUUUGUGUGACUGUGGUUGGUUGCAGUCGAAUUUCACGGAGGAGGGAGCAUGCUCAUGUACAGUUGAAGUCGGAAGUUUACAUACACCUUAGCCAAAUACAGGUUUUUCACAAUUCCUGACAUUUAAUCCUAGUAAAAAGACCCUGUCUUAGGACAUAUAGGAUCACCACUUUAUUUUAAAAGAAUGUGAAAUGUCAGAAUAAUUAUUUAUUUCAUCACAUUCCCAAGGGGUCAGAAGUUUACAUACUCUCAAUUAGUAUUUGGUAGCAUUGCCUUUAAAUUGUUUAACUUGGGUCAAAACGUUUCGGGUAGCCUUCCACAAGCUUCCCACAAUAAGUUGGGUGAAUUUUGGCCCAUUCCUACUGACAGAGCUGGUGUAACUGAGUCAGGUUUGUAGGCCUCCUUGCUCGCACACGCUUUUUCAAUUCUGCCCACAAAUGUUCUAUAGGAUUGAGGUCAGGGCUUUGUGAUGGCCACUCCAAUACCUUGACUUUGUUGUCCUUAAGCCAUUUUGCCACAACUUUGGAAGUAUGCUUGGGGUCAUUGUCCAUUUGGAAUACCCAUUUGCGACCAAGCUUUAACUUCCUGACUGAUGUCUUGAGAUGUUGCUUCAAUAUAUCCACAUAAUUUUCCUUCCUCAUGAUGCUAUCUAUUUUGUGAAGUGCACCAGUCCCUCCUGCAGCAAAGCACCACCACAGCAUGAUGCUGCCACCCCCGUGCUUCACGGUUGGGAUGGUGUUCUUCGGCUUGCAAGCCACCCCCCUUUUCCUCCAAACAUAACGAUGGUCAUUAUGGCCAAACAGUUCUAUUUUUGUUUCAUCAGACCAGAGGACAUUUCUCCAAAAAGUAUGAUCUUUGUCCCCAUGUGCAGUUGCAAACCGUAGUCUGGCUUUUUUAUGGCGGUUUUGGAGCAGUGGCUUCUUCCUUGCUGAGCGGCCUUUCAGUUUAUGUCGAUAUAGGACUCGUUUUACUGUGGAUAUAGAUACUUUUGUACCUGUUUCCUCCAGCAUCUUCACAAGGUCCUUUGCUGUUGUUCUGGAAUUGAUUUGCACUUUUCGCACCAAAGUACGUUCAUCUCUAGGAGACAGAGUUGGAAGGUAGGCCUUGAAAUACAUCCACAGGUACACCUCCAAUUGACUCAAAUGAUGUCAAUUAGCCUAUCAGAAGCUUCUAAAGCCAUGACAUAAUUUUCUGGAAUUUUCCAAGCUGAGUUUUUAGUUUUUACUUGUAGCCUGAAGCAGCGUUUCCUUUUCCUGUUGUUUAUUAAAAUACUUUUCAUUCAAAUCGUAUUGUUCGGUUUCAAUACUUCAAAACAAACAAAUGGUAGGUCCAGGUAGUCACAAAUAUAGAUGGGUGUUGGUUAAAUUGUGAUUUUUAAUGAAUGGAGCGGAUUUGGAGCAGCAGUUUUUUUAACCUUUGAGCAAGGAGCGGUUUUUAGCGGAGCGGUUGGAAAGGAAGUGGAGUGCCGGAGCGCUCCAUGAGCGAUGAGCGAGAUUUCCGACUGCUCAACUCCGCUCACAUACUCUGGUAUCAACGCAGCUGCAGGGAACAGCGCAACCUUUUUUUAAAACAGUGCAGAGGUAAAGAUGGCUGUAAUAGAUGGCUUUGGCUAGGUAACUGCUGUUUGACUUGACAUUAAACUAAACCAGUUUUAAUCCCGGUGCGGUGCUAUUAGCAAGAAGCUAAUUCUUGUAUGACGUGUUUGCAGAAUGUUAAGUCCCCUAUUGACUGAUGUGAAUGUUAAGUCCCCUAUUGACUGAGGUGAAUGAAGCUACAGCAACAAUGUGAUAAUGGCUGGAGUCAAUUUGGCUUGCUUUUGAUGUUCUCCAAAUGACAUUUUAGAGUUUUUGAAUUGUGUAAAUGAGCUUCAAUUUGAUAAAAAUGUAACCCCCACUCUCACUUUGCCAUAACCCUAAGUUUAGCUGAAAUGACGCCCUGCACCUCUCAGGUACACACACUCCUUAGAUACACACACAGCUCUCUCU